AUCUUCUCAUCAUCAAACACCGCCCCCCAACAAAGCUAUAUAAAGCCCUAAUCAAGAACCGUAUAAGCUAUCAGCCUCAAGAAAGUCAUUCGAGUCCUCCCUCUAUUCGUUUUCCCCUCCGUUUAUUUCUCAUCCGAUCUUGGAUUGCUUCGAGCUUUGAACACGUUUCCGUGACGAAACGAGAGGAUGGAUGAAGGCGGGUAUCGCCUUCUCUUCUUGGGCGGCUUGUUGUUAUGGCUAUGCAUGGCGCCGCCGUCCAUGUCGGAGCUGCAGCGGCUCCACCACCGCGUCAAACCCGACGGGACUCUGAGCUUCCUGAUGGUCGGCGAUUGGGGGAGAGAAGGGAACUACAACCAAUCUCAAGUUGCUUCCCAGAUGGGAGUGAUCGGAGCGAAGCUGGACAUAGACUUUGUGAUCUCCACCGGCGACAACUUCUACGAAGACGGACUGACCGGAGAAGACGACCCCGCGUUUUCCAAGUCGUUCACCGACAUCUACACCGCCCCGAGCUUGCAGAAGCCGUGGUACAAUGUUUUGGGCAACCACGAUUAUAGGGGCGAUGUUGAGGCCCAAUUAAGCCCCAUCCUAAGGGAAAAGGACAGCAAGUGGGUUUGCUUCAGGUCUUUUGUCCUAGACGCAGAAAUCGUGGAAUUCUUCUUCGUGGACACGACGCCGUUCGUCGAUCAGUACUUCACAGACCCUGGAGAGCACAAGUAUGAUUGGAGUGGCGUUGAGCCGAGGGACGAGUACCUGUCCAACCUCCUGAAGGAUGUGGAUUCAGCUCUAAAGCACUCCUCAGCAAAAUGGAAAAUCGUGGUUGGGCACCGCACCAUAAAAAGCGUGAGUGAACAUGGCGUCACCGUUGAGCUCGUGCAGCAUCUCGUCCCCAUCCUUGAGGCCAAUAAUGUUGACCUUUACGUGAAUGGGCAUGACCAUUGCUUGGAGCACAUCACUAGCACAGACAGCGAAAUUCAAUAUAUUACGAGCGGAGGCGGGUCAAAGGCGUGGAGGGGCGUGAUAAGGCCGUGGAAGCCGGAGGAGAUGAAGUUCUUUUACGAUGGGCAAGGCUUCUUGUCCGUGAACAUGACUGGAGACCGAGCCGAUCUCGUCUUCUACGACGUCUUCGGACAAGUCUUGCACAAAUGGUCCAUCUCCAAACAGCUCCACGCCGCUGCUGUCGAAAAAUUAUACUCGAAGCUCUAAUUAUAGCAAGAAAUUACCACACACAGAGAGAGAAGAAAGUUCUAUGGUUAGUAUAGCAAGAAAAAAAGUGUCUCCAUAGACGAGAUCGGAUCUCGUUGGGCAUUAUGUUCAUGAAGCAGCCGAGACACACGAAUAUGUUUUAGAACAUGCUGUAAGUCGACUUUGAUGCAGAUAAAAAGUACAUGUAUUACGAUAUGAUGCAUAAGGAAAAAGAAGUUACCGGUCAAGAAGUUUAUCUCUCCCUAAUCUCCCUUGCUAAAGUUGAACUGAA